UCAUCAUUGCUCGUUCGGCAGGGCUGUGUGUGUCGACGAGCUCUCAUGGGCCUCACUUGCAGCAAGAGCGCUUUCGUCGACGCUACUAUCCCCGUCCGCGCCGGCGGCAAUCUCAAGAAGAGCAAGGGCGAAUAUCGGAGUGUAAGCACGCCACUCCGCCCACCCCGAGUUCCACCACGGAGCAAGAAGCCACGAUUGUCCUUUCCGUUGGGCAGCAGCAGCAGCAGCGGGCACACCACAAGGCUAAACAGCGCCGGCCUACAUAAUCACAGCGUCAGAGCGGGCGUCGAGAAUGAUACCGCUUCGGGCACCCUGGACGUGGCGUCCGUGCGGGAUCAGGGCAUCGUGGUGCUAGUGAGAAUCAGGCCGGUGUCUCGGUCGGAGCAAGGGCAGCGAUGCUUCCUCCAAGUUCAGGGGCCGACACAGCUGCACGUCCCGGCCAGCAAGACCACCGCGUCGGAAAAGACCUGUACCUUCGACGCCGUCCUGCCGCACACGACCACCCAGGAAGAGGUGUAUCAGGUGGCCGGGCCGAAGCUGAUCCAGAACCUUCUCCAGGGUUUCAAUGCUACCAUGAUAGCGUACGGCCAGACGGGGUCUGGGAAGACGUUCACGAUGGAGGGGUCUGGCCAGGAGCCCGGCGUGAUCCCUCGACUGUGCAAAGGGCUAUUCGAAGUGAUAAGUGCACUGGGCACCGAGAAGGACGUGACGGUAGUGGCCUCGUACGUCGAGAUCUACAACGAGAACGUCGUAGACCUCCUCACCGACCCAUCCGCAAGAAGCAAUUCGGCUGACAGUCCCGUAAAGAAGAAGACGUCCCCCAGAGCCAGGCAGGGGUCCAACUCGGUGUCCCCUACGGUGUCGCCGCCGGCGGGGGGCGGCAGCGGCGGCGGCGGAGUGUUUUCGGACGGGAAGGGCAAGCCCACGAUUCGCGAGAACAAGGUGACCUCUUCGUGUCUUCUGUACGUGGUCGCAGACGGAGUUUACGUGGAGAACAUCACGGAGGAGAAGGUGCAAUGCGAGGCCGCCGUGCUGGGUCUACUGGCUAGGGGCUCCGCCGUACGGAGCAAAGGAGAGACCCAGAUGAACGCUGCAUCCAGCCGCUCCCACGCGGUCCUGACGCUCUCCAUCAUCCAAUCCGUGCUCAACGUCGACGACGACGGCGGCGGCGGCGGCGGCGGUGGAAAAGAAGCGGCGGCAGACUUAGGAACCGUUCGCUCCAAGAUUAGUCUCGUGGAUUUGGCCGGGUCGGAGAGGGCCAAGUCAACCGGGGCGGCCGGCCAAAGACUCAAGGAAGGCGCUCAGAUCAACAAGAGCCUCAGUGCUCUAGGAAACGUGAUCAAGGCGCUCACUUCAUCGGGGGGUACCGCGCACGUGCCGUACAGAGACAGCAAGCUUACGAGGUUGCUCCAGGAUUCUCUCGGGGGCACCGCGUACACCGUGGUGUGCUGCAACGUCAGCCCCAUCGAGGCCAGCGAGCCGGAGACGCUGAGCACCCUCCGCUUCGCCGAGCGGCUCAAGAAGGUAAAGAACAAGAUGGUCGUUCACAUGGACGCCCGUUCCAGAGAGAUCCUGUCCCUCAAGCGCGAGAACGCCGACCUCCGCGCGAAGGUCGAACAACUGGAACGGAUGAUGAUGGUGAACGGCGAGGGGGCCGGGGCUGGUCCCCGUUCGUGGAACGGUUCUGGGAACGGUGCUCCAAGCACGAGCCCCACAAACACGAGCACAGCGACGCCCCCGCCAGCUAGCAGCGGAAAAAUCAAUGGGUCGAGACAAUGUUCGCCAGUCAAUGGCCGCAAAGUUCCCCCACCCAUACCCCCGCGUCCUGUGACGUAGUAAUCUUCGCCCCCCCCCUCAUCCCCCUGUCUCCCCGUAGGUGGGUCUACACCUCCAUGCAGGGUAGUUGCGGUCCCCCAUCGUGUAUUCCAAGCGCGAGUUUGUGAGAAGCGGAAGGUAUAUUGUUGAGGUCGUUAUUGGCUGGCCAACAGGGGUGUUGCAGCACGCGCCAGCGACCCUGGGAGCUGGUUCAGAGUUCCAGGCUAUAAAAAAAUACAGAGGGACAUGGAAGGACGUGGGAUCACGAUUACAGCCGGUGUACCUUGUAGAGGGAGUUAGAGAUGCGAUGGAGUCGUUGCUAAUCUAUCCCAGACUUUUUUUGCCUGUAGAGGAGUUGACCAGUUGCGUCAUUGGUAAGAAAAAUAUAUAUAUUGUGACUUGUUGCUUGGGCGAAACAAGUGGUUCUGAAGCGGCGACGCGUAGACAGUGUACACAACGACCAUGCAUAUGGAGAAUUAGUUUUUUCGUAGCCCCCUUGAUGUUUUUGUAGCUUCUCGUGAGGUCGUGUGUUUGUUGCCUGUUCCCUGCUUGCUUGCGCAUGCCAGCCCCUCGAGUGACUUGACCGUAACUUUUCAAGGGCACCUUGUCGGGUUCUAAGUGGUAGAGGCCCGCGGCGGCGACCGCUUGAUUGAUCAAGCCUGUCGGCUAAAGAUCUCUGAGCGGAGUAUGUAAGUCAAGGAUCUGUUAGUUGGGUGUGUAGACUAAUAAAAUUAUGUGUGAUGAUCAUGCUGCUGUGAUUCGGUGUGCUCCGCGGUUGAUGGCGCAGAGGUUUCUUUCUUUUCGUCGCUCUCUCUUUCUUCUGCCGUUUUUUGGGGAGGGUAGAGAGCAGCAAGGCACGUCUUGUUUUCAUUUUUCACCGUUCUCUAAGAAGAGGGGUGGCUGCCCCCUAUCUGGACGGAAGCUUGUUGAACGUGACAUACAUACGGUGGGAGCACGUUCACUUUUGGUGUAGAGUUCAACGGACGAUUGCGAAACGUACGUACGUAAAAAGGCCUUGGCCGCUGACAGAUUUAAUUGUUGUAUGACACUCUGGUCUCUUGCGUGUGGCUGUUUCGUCUGUACAUCUAUAAUAUUCACUCUUCAAAGGAGGAAGUUUUCAUUAACUACCCCCCCCGUGGGUCUACACGUUGUACUUUGGGUACAGAUUAGGU